CUCUAGCCCGCGCGGUGCAGCGAUCCCGCAUCUCGCUGGUGAUGACGCACAUCCGGAGCAGUGGGGGGGGGCAAGAUGGCGGCGCCCAUGGAGGUGGCCGUGUGUACGGACUCGGCGGCACCGCUGUGGAGCUGCGUCGUGUGGGAGCUGCACUCGGGCGCCAACCUGCUCACCUACCGCGGUGGCCAGGCAGGACCCCGCGGCCUGGCACUGCUCAAUGGCGAAUACCUGCUGGCGGCGCAGCUGGGCAAGAACUACAUCAGCGCCUGGGAGCUGCAACGGAAGGACCAGCUCCAGCAGAAGAUCAUGUGUCCUGGGCCUGUCACCUGUCUGACCACAUCACCCAACGGCCUUUACGUCCUGGCAGGAAUUGCAGAAAGUAUAUACCUGUGGGAGGUCUCCACCGGGAACCUUCUGGUCAUCCUGAGCCGGCACUACCAGGACGUCUCCUGCCUGCAGUUCACAGGGGACAGCAGCCACUUCCUCUCGGGGGGCAAGGACUGCCUGGUGCUGGUGUGGAGCCUCUGCAGCGUGCUGCAGGCCGACCCCUCCAGGAUCCCGGCCCCCCGGCACGUCUGGUCUCACCACACGCUCCCCAUCACAGACCUGCACUGUGGCUUCGGGGGGCCUCUGGCCCGGGCAGCCACCGCCUCGCUGGACCAGACCGUGAAGCUGUGGGAGAUCUCCUCGGGCGACCUGCUGCUCUCGGUGCUGUUUGACGUGGGCAUCAUGGCUGUGACCACAGACCUGGCCGAGCACCACAUGUUCUGCGGCGGCAGCGACGGCUCCAUUUUCCAGGUGGACCUCUGCACCUGGCCCGGGCAGAGGGAGCGGAGCUUCCAGCCGGAGCAGGACACCGGGAAGGUCUUCAAAGGGCACAGGAACCAGGUGACCUGCCUGUCGGUGUCCACGGACGGCAGCGUGCUGCUCUCGGGCUCCCACGAUGAGACCGUGCGGCUCUGGGACGUGCAGAGCAAGCAGUGCAUCCGGACAGUGGCGCUCAAAGGCCCUGUGACCAACGCCACCAUCCUGCUGGCGCCUCUCAGCAUGCUGAACUCGGACUUCAGGCCCAGCCUGCCGCUGCCCCACUUCAACAAGCACCUGCUGGGCGCCGAGCAUGGGGACGAGCUGCGCCGCGGGGGCCUCACCCUGCGCCUGGGCCUGCACCAGCAGGGCUCUGAGCCCAGCUACCUGGAGCGGAUGGAGCAGCUGCAGGGGGUCAUGUGCAACACCAUGGAGAAGAACGUGCUGGGCGGCCAGGACCAGCUGCGGGUCCGCGUGACCGAGCUGGAGGACGAGGUGCGCAACCUGCGCAAGAUCAACCGCGACCUCUUCGACUUCUCCACGCGCAUCAUCACCCGGCCGGCCAAGUGAGGCGGCCGCUGCUGGGGCAGACCCCACCCUGAAAAGCCCCAGGCCUGCCCCCCUCGAAUGUGGUCCAGGCCCCUGCGCCAGCCGAGCUGGGCGAGCCUCGGCAGAGGUGGCCCCCAGCGCUCCAGGGCCGGACUCGCUGAGCCACCCUCGUGUUUCCUUUGGGGUUUUUCCUCCGGUGAUCGGACGGACUUGUCUCCUGUCACUGCACUGAUGUCUUGUGUCACGUUAGGUCAUGUUGGUGCUGGUCUGUUUUUAACAAAAGAUGACAUGAAAACUCUCCUCUUUGCCCCGUGUGUGCCCCGCAAGGCCCUGUGCCCGGUGCUCAGGGCCCUCCCGGGGUGGCAGAGGCCAGCCUCAGCUGCACUCGGCCACGGAAGAGGCAGAUUUUAAGAUCCAGUAUCCAGGGACACUGUUCUCAGAAUUGGGUCUGCUGCCCCCACCCUAAGACCACCCCAGGGUCCCCUGUGGUGGGUGUCUGAGUGGUGACAGCCACAUGGGGUCCCAGUUCCCAGGGGUAGACUGGUCUAGAGGGACAUUGGGGACCAGCCCCAGGGGCGAGGAGGGUGUCGUCCCCCCUCCCCUCCCAUGCAGCAUCCAACUGUCUGAGUGUCACGGGCUCCUGGUCCUUGUGUGAACCCGUGACUCAGGAGCCGUGGCUGGCGGAGGGAGUGCCAGGUGUGGCCGGAGUUUUGGCUUUGCCCUGGGACUGUGGGGGGCACCUGCUGGCCACGCCUGCCACGGAAGCCCCACUCCUCCCCGCCUCCCCAAGACCCAGCAGCGGCUUGAACCAGGGCUGGUCUCUCGGAGGAGACAUCUGGGCUUCCCGAGCAGGGGACAGCUCACCCCCCCAGCGGAGGUGGGUCAGGGCCGGGGUCCCCAAAAGGGACAUUCCUGUCUGCAUCAAGGUUUGGAGGAGGCUGGGUGACACCCCCCCCCCAGCUAUGAGGAAGCUGCCAGCUACAGCCAGCAUCUGGAGGCAAGCCCAGACAGCCACAGAACCUUCCAGAAGCCUGCCCCCGACUGACAACCCUGCUUAAUGGUCCAGAAAAUCCAUGUGAUUUAGCGGGUGCUAUAAUAACUGGGGCCUCAAGCCAGCCGCCAGCGCUGAGUUCAUGCUUUUAGGCAAAUGCGUGUCCUUGUUCCCAGUUCCAGGGCUCUGUGCCCUCAUGGCUGGUGGCCCAGCCGGCCAUGCUGUGUCAGGACCGCUGGGGCCUUGUCCUCUCCCUGCCUGGUGUCCGGUGGGCAAGGGACCACCGUCUGUCCCCACCCCAGCCGGGGGGACUAAAAUGGGGACGUCACCUUGCAGGAUCAGGUCCUCCCACUGGCCGGGCUCAGACUCCCUGAGGACCAAGGUCACUGCCCGAGGCUGAUGUGUGGAGAGUCCUUUGCCCCCUGGGUGGUCGCUGCUGGUCACAGCCUGGCCCAGGUCUCUCCCUUAGCCAAGCCCAGGCUGCCCCUGUUCCAGAAUUAGGUGCCCACGCCACGGGCCUGUGAGGCUGGGCCCUGCCUGCCAGGAGCAGGCAGGUUUGGGGUGACGAGCCUGGGGACCCUCCUUUGGGAGAUGUUGGCAGAAGCUGUUGCGGUGGUUGGCAUCCCCACCCCCUUCUGCAUUGUCCUGGGGGACCGUCCCCUCCAGUUGCUCCCACGACCAGUGCCUCAGUCACAGCCUGAGAUCUGGUCCUGCAGGCCGAAGAUGCGGUUAGAAUUCACCUCGGGGCACCCAGGGGUGCAGCUGGCAGGCCCCACCCCCAUCCAGGCCCCAGAUCGCCUGCUGGCCUCAGAGAAGCCACACCUGGCCCUGAGACUCAGUUUUCCUACCUGUAACAAGGAGACAGCCCCUAGCAGGCCUGCCCGGAGCCCCUGGGAGCUUGGCAGGUGCACGCGCCUUGGAAUCCUUGGUUUCCCUUCACGUGCACGUCCCUUGAGGGGAUCAUGGACGCCAGCCCUUAUCGGAGCUGGCUCAGCGUCCCCUCUCGGGGCGUUGUCACACUGGGGCGUCACCACCCACUGCAGAGUGCAGAGGAGGGGGAGUUCUCUGCGUAAUUUACACACCUGGUGAGAUCAGGACAGUGGAGACCCCACAAGGAGCCCGCUGGGUGCUCGAUAAGCCUGUGGGGACGAGGCACAGGAAGGGCCAUGGCAGCUGGUGGUCCUGGGGUGGGGUGACCCUGCUGUGCUGGCAGAGCGAGAGUCCGCAGACCACAGCAAGGUGCUGCCGCUUUGCACCACCAGGAAACCCAAAAAAACAGAAAAUAACAAGUGUCGGCAAGGAUGUGGGGAGCACAGGGCAUCCACUGUGGAGAACAGUCUGGCUGUUCCUCAAAAAUUAAACCUGGGGUUAACAUCGGACCCAGCGACUCCACUCCUGGGUUUACGUUCACAGCAGCGUAAUCAGCAGCCGCAAGGUGGGGCCGGCGCGCGUGUCUGUCAACAGGUGAGUGGACAACAGUGGAGUGUCACUCAGCCAUGAACAGGGACAAGGCUCUGACACAGGCCACAGCGUGGAGGGACCAUGAGGACAACAUGCUCAGUGAGAGACGCCAGACACAGAAGGACACACAGUGUGAGACUCAGUUUAUAUGAAACGUCCAGAACAGGCAGGGCCACAGAGACAGGACAUGCAUGGAUUCGUGGUCGCCAGGGGAUGGGGAGUUAGUGUUUCAUGGGGACAGAGCGUCAAUUUGGGAAGACAAGAAAGUUCUGGAGACGGAGGGUGGUGACACCUGCACAACCACGUGCGUGUACUUAGUGCCGCUGAGCUGUGCACUUAAGAAUGGUUAAGACGGUACAUUUCAUGUAUAUUUUACCACAAUAAAAAGAUUUUUUUAAAAGC